CACAGCUGACAUACGGUACGGGUGAGUAACUGGCUCAUGAGAAUGACGUGUCGAACGUCCAGCAUCCUGUGGUCAAGUGUCCUGCUCAUUUCUGGCAUCAUCAGCUCUACAUGGGCUGGGCACAGACGAUUUACAUUUUUGGAUGGGGAUUAUUUACCUUAUCCAGUUGAACAAGACAAUUCAGCUCUCAAGUUCGAUGCUUUCGACAUCUUUCAACCGUGGAAUCCCCAGAAGGACUAUUCAGACUUAGAGAUCUGCAAACCGUUUAUUGACGUCAUGUUUAUUUUUGACUCGUCCGGAAGUAUUGGCCCCGAUCAGUUCGUCAAACAACUCAAGAUGGCGGCCGACCUGACGAAAAGUUUUGCUCUCGGCCCGAACAAGGCUCGGUUCGCGGCCGUCCAGUACGACUCAUAUUUCCAUAAAGUGUUCAAUUUCAAAGAUUUUUCGGACCACGCUCAGCUGUAUCAGAAAAUCAGAUCUACCCGCUAUUACGAGGGCGGAACUGACGUCAUGAAAGGACUUCUGGGUGUGAGAAUGCUUGACCUCUUCCACGCUCGCUACGGAGGUAGAAAAGCUGCGGCCAAAUUCGCCAUUGUUUUCACCGAUGGGAAACAACCAAUCAAUCGUCACAUCCUGCUGGAGGCCGAGAUCUGGAGCAAGGCCAAGGUCACGGUCAUGGCCGUGGGUAGUGCCAACGCUGACCGUGACCUCCUGUAUGCCCUAACCGGUGACCCCGACAAAGUCUACCAGGCCGCCAACUUCGAUGUGCCAAUAGCCAUCAGAAGAUCAUUGGAGCGUAGAUUGUGUGCAGCGAAACCCCGAACAAAAGAUGUCUGCAAAAAUGAGAUUGACCUUUUCUUUGUAAUCGAUUCCUCUACAAGUAUCGGCUUCAGAGAGUACAUGAACGGUCUAAAAAUAGCCGUAAACAUUAGCAAAUCUUUCCACGUGAGCAAAGAUGAUGUGAGGGUUGGUGCUGUUGUAGUUGGUAGUGGUGUCCGAAUCUUGUUUAAACUGGACUCGUUUUCAAGACAGAGUCAAGUUAGAAAUGCGCUGCUGUCGGCUCCCUACAUGAACGAGGUCGCUGAUUUGGACGACAUGCCUGCUUUUAUUGUUGAUGUCGGGCUGUUCAGUGAAGCAUAUGGUGGCAGGGCUCAUUCACAGAAAGUGGUGGUCUAUCUCACAGAUGGAAAAAGCAAAUCCAAGAAAUAUAUUCGAUACACAGCCAAUGACCAGCUGUUGAACGACGGCAUCAUCUCAAUUGUUGUUGGCAUUGGGAAGGAGACGAACCAACAAGGACUUGAACUCCUGUCUUCCAACUCUGAGUUUGUGUUCUCUGCUACUGAACCGCAGUUGACGGAAUACAUCAAAGAAAUCGCUUGCAUUGACCCAACAGAUGGCCCGAUUCCAGAUCUGCCCGGCACCACAGUUGUCCCCACCACAGAUCCCAACCUUACGUGCUCCCCUCUCGCCGAUAUUAUUUGGCUCAUUGAUAGCUCGGGUAGUAUUGGUCUGGUGGCUUUCAGCGAGCAGGUGACAUUGGCGACUGGCCUUGUGAGGAAGUUCAAGGUUGGACCAAGCGACGUCCGCUUUGGCGCUGUGCUCUUUAGUCACAAGGCGGAGCAGCUGUUCGGUCUUAGAGACUUGGAUACUCAGGAAGAAGUCAUUCAGAAACUAAACCACGCCUCCUACGCAGGGGAGACCACCUAUACCCACAAUGCCUUCAAGCUGGUGAGCAAUAAGGGCAUGUUCGAAACCAGGUCAGGAGGAAGGCCACCGGCUGCUAGGAUUGUCUUACUCAUAUCGGAUGGGGAGUCAGAGGAACCGAAACUAACUCUGGAAGCUGCCAGCGCUCUGAAGAAACAAGGCGUGACUGUUGUCGCCAUUGGCACUGGGCAGGCUAACAUUGAGCAGCUGCAGCAAAUAGCCAGUGGUCCGGAGAACGUGGUGCUGGCCAGAGGAUAUGACGUCAUAGAUCAGGUCCUGGGCCGGGUGUACAAGGCGGCCUGUCAGGGUGAUGUGUCAACAACGAAACUCACGACAACAUCAACAACCUUGGGGACAACAACAACGCUUAGAGCUACCUCGCCCACAGUGCCUACAACGACAACUCAAAUGAUAACUACAACUCAACCAACAACUACCACGCCACCACCAACCACAAUUCAACUCACAACCACAACAACACAAACUACAACCACUACUGAACCAACAACCACAGUUCAAUCAACAACGACAACAAAAACCACAACAACGCAAACAACGACAACUACACAACCAACAACAACCAUUCCUCCCACCACUACAAUUACAACAACACAACCAACAACUCCAACUAAUCCAACAGUAACCAGCCUAAGUACGACAAUUGCCACACAAUCAAUUAACGACACAACAACUCGUAAACUUAUAAUCACAGAACCCACGGGGACCCCGCCCACAGCCAUGCCCUGCCCGAAGAACACGAUGGCCGACAUCGUGCUGGUCAUGGACUCCUCCAACAGCAUCGAUGACCAGGACUGGGAGAACGAGCUGCAGUUUGCCGCCGACUUGACCAAACUCUUCACGCUCGGCCCAGGCGACGUCCAGUUUGGUGCUCUCAUCUACAGCCUCGAGGCCGACCCGCUCUUCAACCUCAACGAGUUUAGGGAUGCGAGGAAGAUAGAGAAAAAACUACUGAGGGCCAGACGGAUGAAGUCGCUGACCUACACUGGACGGGCACUUAACGUGGCUGACACCAUGUUCGAACAGGAGAACGGCGGCAGGAGCGGCGUCAAGAAGAUUGUCUUGCUGAUGACAGAUGGUGCCGCCACCUCUAGAGAUCGUGCUCUAGCGGCUGCCGAUAAGCUGAAAAAGAAAAACGUGGUGAUAAUCGCUGUGGGCAUCGGUCAAGAGGUGUCGGUGGAGGAGCUGACCCUUAUAGCCAGCAGUAAGGAAGACGUCGUGUUGGCCUACAACUUCAACACGCUGGACUUCAUCAAGAAGAAGGUCGUUGACCUGGCCUGCUCAUACGCAAUGGAAACUGGCAACAGUUAAAAGGUCGUUAAUACGGGCAGUUGUAAUUUAGUGAAAUAAAACGAAAUUUAAACG